AGCUCCUUUUGUCAUUAUAUUCUCUCGUCAAAACUCAGUUUGAUUGCCAGCUCUAGUUUGUGUAAUUUUGCAAGUAGAGCAAGCACAAUUAUUUUUGUGGUCUGAAAAAUUCUCUUCGAGCAAGAUAGGCAGUUCUUGGUUCUGCAAGGCGUGGCGGUUAAUUUUCAUUGUAAACAGACCUCGAAUGAUAAUACAGGAUUAUAAUGGGCAUCAAACUGCAGCUGACGGUUGUCAUAUUGUGUGCUCUUUUUACUUCAUUAUCAGCAUUGUACAGUGAGUGGAAUUCGUGGGGUCCCUGCAGUAAGUCGUGCAACGGAGAGCAGAAUAGGACAAGAUCAUGUCAUACAAUUACCCUACAACCAUGCGAAGGAAAAAUACAGAAAAGAAACUGCAAUGCAAGCGGCUGCUACCCAUCCUCUGAGUUUAUCAUAACCAGUGCAGUUCUUGGUACCCUGAUUUUGCUUCUGUUGGUUGUUUUGAUUGUAAUUAUAAUCAAGACAAGAAACACUUCCCGUACACUUACGAAGAAAAAGAAUCGCGAAAAUGUGUUAGACUUUGAGAAUACCGCUAGCAAUGGCCGGAAAGACAACAGCAAGAAUUUUAACAAGAACAUCGCUCAACGCACAUCAUCGGCAACUCCCUCUACCGUUUCACAGGUGACAUACCUGCAAACAGAUGCACCUGCAGGAACAGUUUUCAAGCCUUGGGGUCAAAAAGACUGUGAUCUUUACUGACGUUAUAGAAUGAGAAGACGUUGAUUUCAGAGACGGUUCCAGGAUGUUUCGGAGGG